AUGGCGUCGCCAAUGCCCGUAGCCCCCAUGGGCAAUUGGGGAGGAAACGGCCAGGCCAGACCAACACCGCCUCCAACGCAGGAGGCCGAGGAGAUGGGGGUUCAGAUCAAGACUAUGGGCCUCAAGGUCACAUACACAUUCGCCGACAAUGGCGAGAGUUUUCUGGCGCGGCAUCCCCAGCUACUGCCUAUCCAAACGGUCCCAAUUGACGAGAAGCGUACUAUUGGUAUGGUCGACCUCAGCAUAUGUGCUCAGGCGGUUGCUAGGUGCAGCCCCGAGCUUCUCAGCGACAGCACCCGCGACUUUGCCGUCUACGCAUACGACUACUCGGAACCGGACGAACCCCUUGUUGGCCAAGGCCUGCUUGGCUGGAUCGUUAAUCACGCCGACGACAAGAGAAUCAUUGGACGUGCCACCAGGAAUCCCCUUUCAGUCUUUAGCGGAGGCGUGAAGGAUAUCUUGGAGAUCAAGUUCAAGUUGAAACCCGUGGCCGCCAUGGCACGACCGCAGUACGAGCCCGAAAUGAAGCCAGACUUUCGACACACCCUUCAGCGCUCCGAGAGCCACAUGAGCGUUGAGAUGCAGCCUGCCAGACCGGCUGAGGGCGUCGUCACGCCAUCGAGCCAUGCCGAGUGGAACGCAUUCAUGCAAUCAAAUCCUCAAAUGGCCAGCCAGCAACACCCUGCCAGAGUUGCUUCGCCUCACCCACCCCCAAACCAACACGAGUACCAGCCGCCGAUGCAGCGCAACGACUCAUUCAACUACAACACACCACCACCACAACAACCGCCGCCACCGCAACAGCAGCAGCAGCAACAGCAACAGAUGCCGCCGCAAAUGCUGCCUCAACUGCCUCAGCCACCUCAACAACAGGUCCAAAACUCUGAAGGACCCAAUCGCGUUGCCCCGACGCCUGUUGACACAGCAACCGAACCCCAGGCCAAUCCACCUUCGAGACCCUCAUCCAGGGCAUCCAACCGAUCCAGGAAGUCAAAGCCUACCGGACGCCCUCGUGGCCGACCUCGCAAGCAACCACGAGCUGAGAACCAAGGCAACACCUCAGGAUACGAAGAUGGAACCGAUGGCGAUGAGGGUCCAGCAAAGAAGAAGAGGGCUACCACCACUCAGGUCAACAACAACAUCAACACCCCAUUUGGAGGCGGUCCAGAGCUAUUGCGAGUGGCAGCUAGCACAUCUGGCUCCUUGCGGAGCCUGAGGCCAGCGGGCAGCCCUGCUGACGCUCCCAUGGGUUCCCAUAUGCUGGAGGUCCCCAGAGCCCCUACACCAGUCCCUGACAGGGGGCCGUCGAAGCCGGCUGGCAAAGCUGCUAAUGGUAGCAAGCUCCGUCGGCAGUCGACUCUGAGCCAAGCUGCGACACCCCCAAGCCAGCCUGUUUUUUCUGAGCCUCCCUUCGCCCUGUCUCCCAGUCAGCAGGAUGGCCGUUCGCCUGUGGAUUCUGAAGCUGCAUCUCCGAUGUACUCUGAAGACAGUCCUGCCGCUAUUGGGUCGUCACCGCCUGUCCCUCGCACAGUGAGCUUCGUGCGUUCGAGCCCGCCAGCUUCCAGCCCCAUUCUCCCCCCAAUGCCUAUGCCCAUGGGCCAACCCGCUGAUUCUGGAUUCAUGAGCGGUAGCGUCGAUGACCUGUUCGAGGAUGAAGCUAUCAAGCAGCUCCCCCAUCCAGUCGCCGUCGCACCAGUAUUCAAGGCCAAUGUCACAAAGGAGAAACGGUCUCGCUCUGGUAUCCCAGUCCAAGUCUUCCAGUUAUCAACUCAGCCAUCUAGCGAAGCAGACUUUUCCAGAAAUAUGCAGCCUAUGCCAUCCCGCCCACCAACUUCAACACCUUCGCAGGAGCCCCCAUUACCUCCGCCGUCGCGGAGCACUAGUGAUCCAAGAGCAUCUAUGGCUCCUCCGCCUGCUCAGUUGGCGGAAAAAGAGCCUUCGCCACAACAAGAGGAGCCGGUUGUGGCGUUUGAAGCAGACGCCGAGAAGGACGUCCAAGCUGCUCCUAAGCCAGAGAACUCGCAGCCGAUCGACACCGUCGACAUUGCGUUGGAACAACUGGCCCAGGCAUUACAUGGCUUGCCUGAACCGGCUCUUCCAGAGCCACAAAAGGCCGCGGAUGAGGCUGAUUUAUUCGCCCGGCCUUCUGCGCCCCCUUCACUGCAGCGCUCCGAAUCCUCGGGCUUUUCCCUGGCUCUACCCACAGUCCCUGCCAGUGAUCCGAUCGGUCCACUGGCUCUGCCUGCCCUUUCUCAACCGGAUAUUACAUCCUUUUCGGAGGCACCUUGCCCGCCUAGUGAUGCGCUACAGGCUCCGAAGUCCCCUCAGCAAUCUUCGAGGACGAACAAGAACUACGUCAAGAAGCAGGCUAUUAGAGAGAAGUUAUUGCAGGCGAUUGAGAAUGGACAGACUCCGAUGUACUGCACAAACUGCGGUGCCAUUGAAACUCCGACUUGGCGGAAGAUAUGGACUCAAGAACAUGAAGGAGUGCCGGAGUUUACCGAGUUCUCCGACAAACCUGGAAGAGUCACGGCUAUCUUGGUGCUCGACCGUGAUGCCGAGGAAAAGCCCACGAAAUACCAGGUCAUCAAGAAGGCGCUGGGCCGUGACGACAACAAAAUUGAGUGGAAAGGACACAUGCUUUGCAACCCUUGCGGCAUCUGGUUGUCCAAGUGGAAGGCGCAUCGGCCGCAAGAGAAGUGGGAGAAGGACAGGGGUCGCCUCAAUCAGCAAAGGCGACCUCGUGGAACUGGACGAGCCCCACGACCGCCCAGAACAAAGAAAUCCGGACCAAAUCAAAUGAACCCGACAUCUGAGGCGUACUUCCCGACUGAUCCUCUUGGGCCUGACGACCAGGAAAUCUCACCGAUGGAUGAUGAGAGCAGAUCUCGAGGCGCCUCUCAAGUCAGCAAUGCCAACGAGUCUUGUGAUCUGUUCUUUCAGCAACCAGACCAACAAGACUCCCGCCCUGCGUCGCCUGGGAAUGCCUCCAACGCUGGCUCUACUCAUUCCAGAGGCAGUGGCACGGCUAAGAGCCCAAUCACGCUUGAUAACAACGAAGGCCACAGCAAUAUGGGCUCAACUCGACGACUGCUGUUCCCCUCUCCACGAAAGGAAGGCGCUCCGAAGAUUUUGGGUGAGCUGGCCAUUAACAUUGUGCAAACCGCACCGGAGUCUACGGCCCCUGCCAACACAGCACAGAAUAAGGCCUCUGAGAAGGGUCCUGGCAAGGACAACAUGCCUGAAGCCACUGGUGCUAACAAGGAAAAUCUCACAAUUCCUGACGAUGAUCUCGAAGAUCUUUUCCGAAGCCCCAUGAUUCCUCGUCCAUCUACGCCCCCUCCUCGCGACACGGCCCCUAAUAAUGGCCCCUUCAAAACGCCCACACGGCCAACCCCCAGUCACCGGCCGAUCACCAGGAGCGUCACUCGAAGCGUUUCUCGUUCUUUGGAUCUGCUUCGGUCUCCUGCGGCCGUUCGGCGCACUCCUACGCGGACACCUCGAUCGGCUAAGGGCCCAAUUCGAAGAAGUCCUCGCCUGCAUCAAGAAGACUUCUCUCAGAUGGAGAUGGCGCUUGAAGAGUACCUCCAAACGCAGCCAAUGGAUCACCAGUACGACUCUGACAUGCUCGAGGCUAUGAACCGAGCGCUGGCAGAGACCAUGAAUGCUUCUGGCAACUUCGACAUCACCAACAUGGAGCUUGAGUUUGGCGACCUGUUGGGCACGCCCUCUCGACCUUCUCCAAGGGCUCGGCAGCAAACGGAUUACGACGACUGGAACACGUGGGAAACCAAUAUGCGCGCUCGUCAGGCCGCAGAAGAUGCCAGACGGCAAUGA